GUAAAGAAGUUCCCUUUGGAUGUGCAAAUCCUGUUAUAUGUCAUAUGGGAUAACCUAUAUUUGAAAUUAAUUGAUUAAUUGUGAAUGAAUGUUUCAUGUGUAAUUUAUACAUAUGAAUCCUUAUCAAAGUUGUCAAAGUUGUCCGAAAAAUAAAAGUUGGAAAUAAUAUGUACGGGAGACUGAGAAUUUAACUGUGGCGUGGUUGACAGCUGACGUUAACUGUUCAUUUACAAUGAUUUUUAAAUAAUAAUGAAAAAAAAAAUUACAACUUAUUUGUUUCUACUCGAAAAGGAAGGAAAAACCAUCUUCUAUAAAAAGACUAUCUGUUAUGCAUAAUAAUUAAAAAUAAUUUUCCAAUAAUUGUUUUGGCCUAGUUUAUAUGAUAAAUUAUUUUAUCUUACAUAAAAAAUAUCAUAAAAAUUGAUUGACGAGGCCUUAUAUCACAAGACCAAAUCCAAAGAUGUUUAAUCGAUUCAAGUCAGUAUUGAUAAAUGCGGUGGCUGGUAAUGAGCUUGGCUUACAAUAUCACAAUGAUUCAGAAAAUGAAAUUGCAACCGAUUAUGUCAAUUCAAAUGUGGAGAUUGAGGCAAAACCUUACAGUAGACCAUGCUUCUUAGGUCUUACAAAUGAAGAGACACAGGUGAGUGCGGAUCACAGAGUGAGGCCUAUAAUAGUUCCAAGGGAUCUGAGUCGUUUACCAUGGUGUGCUGGAUAUGCAGAAUGCAUAAAUGCGGGAAAAAGUACAUGGAACGAGGACCAGGCAGCAGCAACAAGAGGAGAUUUAUCAUUAUCGGACAGAGAUGUAUCACUACCUUAUAUCAUAUUCUCAAUGUUUGAUGGACAUGCUGGAUAUCAAGUGGCACUUACAUCUAGACUACAUCUUCAUCGACUCAUCCUGGAACGAUUGCAAGCUAUUCCUGGUCAUAUGCUGCUCAAUGACAGCGAAGAUAAUUUUAUAAGGGGGAGAGAUCUUGUUAUUGGAGCUAUUGAAAUGGCAUAUAAACAGAUGGAUCAACUAGUUGAGCAUCAGGCGCAAAAUGGUGGUGGUGGAUGUACAGCACUUACAGUUUUAUUCUUAAAUGGCCUCUUGUAUGCCGCUGGUGCCGGGGACUCGAGGACUGUUUUCGUUCAUGGAAAUGAUGAGCGCGCAUUGACCACCGAUCAUACACCAGACUCUGAGUCGAAUCGGGUUAGGGCAUUGGGCUCACUAAAGGGUGGUGAAUUGUUGAAGGGCUAUUUCACACCAUUGGAAUUUCGUAAGCGUCCAUUAGAAAGAGAACUGGGCUCAAUGGUACUUUAUCGAGAACCUUACAUGACCGGUUGGACAUAUAAACUUUUAACACAUCAUGAUUUGAAACUACCACUUGUAUCCGGUCAUGGAAAAAGGAGUCGAGUUAUGGGAACAAUUGGGGUUACAAGAGGAUUUGGUGAUCACGGAUUAAAAGCAGCCAGUACCGGUGUUAGUAUUAAGCCAUUUUUAUCCUCUCAACCGGAUAUACAGUGCCUCAGGUUAGAUGAUUAUCAACUCACAGAAAGGGAUUGUGUGAUAAUAGCAACAGACGGAUUGUGGGAUGUUGUAAGUAAUAAAGAUGCCGGAACUAUUCUCCGGAAAACACUUGCACCGGACACGCCCUCCCUCGAAUACAGAUUGACUAUGGGGGCUCAAGAACUGGUACAGGCAGCGAGAGGCCGCUUAAUUGGUCGGAUUUGGAGAGGUAAACCAGAAAAAGCUGAGGAGAAUGAGGAAGAAUAUUUGCCCAUGGCGUCAGUAGACGAUAUAAGUGUUAUGGUUGUUCCAAUCUAUCCGUAUUCAUGUGAACAUAGACAGUGGUUAAAAACUACGCAACAAGAAAAAACGUAUUUAUUGAGAAACGUGCCUGAGUGAUAUCACAAUUGUAUUCGCAAUGUAAAAAGAAUAGAAUUGGGGAGAGGAAGCGAUCAUGCCCCCACUCCACUCUUUGAAGAUAACCAAUUCUUUGAACGACACAUGAGUCGCUCAUGGAAUUAUGGAAAAAUCAGUUGAAUUUAUGUUAAUUUAUCAACACUAAAAACUAAUAAAAAAAUUUCCUAGCACUUGAAAGUCUCCCACGAACAAUGUUUUCAAAGGUUAUACACAAGUGUAUGAAAAAUAGUGGAUGCAGCGGCGGCGUCUUGCCUACAUGAAUUAUUCAAUGUGAUACAUUCCAUUUUUUCAAUUAAUAUCAAAUCAAGUGAGAAUCACUUUUGACAAGACAAUGAAUUUCUCGUCAACAAAUAGGAAGAUAAGCAUAUAUACCGUAAGAUGACUUCAAUAAUUCAUUGAAUAAUAAACCAAUAAUAGAGAAUAAAUACAUUGAAUUGAA